AUAAGAUUUUACGCUCUCUUUGACACAAAAGUCUAACUAUUGGUGGAAAAAGCGUUGUCAUCUAUACGUUUGACACAUCAUUGCGUAUCCGGAAGAUGGCGCUUGGGCACAAAGGGGAGCAAAAAACAAAGGAAUGCUUGCUUGAUCUGAUCGUAUGCUAAUAGGAAGGAUGAAGCACAAGGACCAAAGUCCUUGAUUUCUUCACCAUGAGCAAGUAUUUGAAACCGGGGUCCCGGAGCGACCCACCCUUGGUGUUGGGUACGGGCUAUUUCCAGGACAAGUCCAUUGAGCUCUUUCGGAACGUGCAGACUUUUGUCAGCAAACAUAUCGACGACGACGCCAAUCCAUCACGGGUUUUCGUGGCCCGAGUGGCUAUGCGACCCACUUUGGUCUUGGCCUCCAACCGCAUCAUCCGCAGCUACUUAUCGCAAACCGACGACCACUUCUACAACGGCCUCCAAGAUUUCUUUUUCGGCCUCUUUGGGCCCAGUAUCAUGUUCGCCGAGGCUCAAGAAGCCGAGGCCUUCCGGCAGAUCUUGGUCCCACUUUUCUCGGAACGAGCUUUCUCGCACUACGAUGACUUCUUGGGGGACUCCUUGGGCUAUUGGAUGAACGAAACCUUGCACAUGGGUCAGGGUCCGCCCAUCGAUAUGUAUCAGCAGUUCAAGCAUUUAUCUUUGUCUUUUAACAUACGCAUUUUCUUGGGGGUGAAUGAGCGCGAAGAUCCGGAUUUGUUCCACUCCAUCUCGGUUUGGGCCCAUCAACAUUGGCAUGGGGUCAUUUCGGUGCCUUUGAAUGUGAAGGUCUCGUUCUUCAUGUCCAGUUCGUACAAAAAGGCCAACGAGGCCAAAGACCGACUUCUGUCGCUCAUCCAGGACAAAAUUCAAACCCAGAAUAGCCAUUUCCUCUGUCAGUUCCAGAAAUCGGGCUUGGAUUUGGACCUCAUGAAGAAUCACGUGCUCAUCUUCAUUUGUGCCUUGAUUCCCAAGGCCUCGGCCUCGAUCUUGAGCUCAUUGCUCGAAACCUCGGAGAAAUGGUAUCCAAAGUAUGUGGGUCCCGAGGGUCGGAUCUCGGACCAGGAUGUGCGGGUCAUUUUGCUGGAGAUUCUCCGAUUGUGGCCGCCUUUUGUGGGGGGGUUUCGGGUGGCCAAAUGUGACACCACCAUUGAAGACUAUCUGGUGCCCAAAGGUCAUGGUGUGUUCUAUGUCUCCAUGAUGGCCCAUCGAGACCCUCUCGUGUUCCCAUAUCCUGAAGAGUUCCUACCUGAGCGUUGGCGGACCUUCAACGCCCAGGAUCGGGAUAAACUCUUCGGAUUUGGGGCCGGAAUACACGCCUGCGUGGGCGAGCAGUUUAUGUGGAAGUUUUUCACUCAAGUGGCUCAAACCUUCAUCCAGACCUUCACCUGGGAUAUCACUGGUCUGAAUGGAAAACGGAAGAUCAAAUACCUGCCCGUUUCCCGACCAGCCGAAUCCAAACCUCUUGCCUUGCUAAAACGAACUUCUGUGUCAGAAUGAUCUAGUGAACAACAUGAACACCUACUAUGCCAUAAUAUUGUUAUGUUACUUUUUACACGAUGUCAUAAAACUAAGACUGGUUUCAACGCG